AUGAAUAAGGCAUUCGCAAGAAAAUGGGAGUCACAGAUGGUGGGUGGUGCGCAGAAAUGCCGUACAGGGGGGGGGGGGGGGGGGGGUCGCGAUAUAGUGCUACCCUGUGCUAGUGGGCCGAAAACGGCACUAUAUCGAACCAGGCACUGUAAGAUAAUGAGAUAUAACGGCUUUUUUGCAUCCACUUCCUUGCAUCACUGCUCUGAAAGACCGCUCGCAGGACGCCAUCACUCAUACUUGGCAAUGCUUGAUUAG